AAAACACCGACCGACCCGACGGACCGACGACAAUAUUACACAAUCGAUGCGUGCGGAAUGUUUGAUUUGUCGGCAAAAGUUUUGUGAUUGCAACCUGAAGCAGCAGAGUUUGAUUGAUUGAUUGAUCGAUUGAUUGAUUGAUUAAUUGUUUGAUUGAUUGAUUGAUGGCUGUAACAAGUAAACCCCCCGUUGUGUAUGAUGCAUUAUGGGAAGACAGAGAUGUACGCUUUGAUAUAAGUACAGCGCAGAUGAAUAUGAGAUCAGGAGAGAGGAUAAUUGAUCUUCUUGAUUCAGUGGAAGACACAAAGGGGAAUAAUGGAGACAAAGGUCGUCUGAUUGUGACUAACCUGAGGCUCAUAUGGCAUUCUCAAUCCCUACCGAGAGUUAACUUAUCUGUUGGAUAUACAUGCAUCAUCAACAUCACAGUACGCAGUGCACAUUCUAAACUGCGAGGGCAGGCUGAAGCAUUGUACAUUCUAACCAGAUGUAAUAAUACACGGUUUGAAUUCAUCUUUACUAGUGUUAUACCUGGCUCACCUAGACUGUUCACUACUAUCAUGUCAGUACACAGGGCAUAUGAGACAUCUAAGUUAUAUCGUGAUCUCAAACUCAGAGGAGCUAUUAUUCACAAUAAGAAUUUGCGCUUAUUACCUCUAGAACAGGUUUAUAAUAAAGUCAAUGGUGUGUGGAAUCUCUCUAUUGAUCAGGGGAAUCUUGGCACAUUUUUCAUCACUAAUGUCCGGCUAGUGUGGCAUGCGAACAUGAAUGAAGCCUUCAAUGUCAGUGUUCCUUAUCUUCAAAUGCGGAGCGUCAAGAUCAAAGACUCUAAGUUUGGUGUGGCAUUGGUACUUGAAUCCUCAGUUCAGAGUGGGAGCUAUGUUCUUGGUUUUCGCAUUGAUCCUGCGGACAAGCUUCAAGAUGUAGUGAAAGAGAUCCAGUCCCUUCACCGUGUGUAUAGUUCUAGUCCUAUAUUUGGUGUGGAGUAUGAAUCGGAAGAUCGGCCUCAGACAGUUGAAGAGUUAACCAUAGAGAACCCUCAAGACGGUGUGGACAUAGUCAAUGAUGAUGAACAAUCAGAUGCAUUUGCGGCCUAUUUUGCUGACGGUGACAAACAAAAAGACAGACCUCCAGUGUAUUCUGAAGAGCUUGGUCUUGCCAUUGAGAAGCUCAAGAAUGGAUUCACGUUGUCUAAUCUAUGGGAAGUAGUGGAGCAGAAAUGAGCAAGAUGGCGGGAUGAUAUCAUCAGCAUCACUCCGAACUUUCAACCCUCUAAAUGCUGGCAUGGUAGUCUUCCUACUUCUGUAUAAAACGCCCAGACAAAAUGUUGUCAGUGAAAACAAUGUCAAUCCAAAAUACAUGUACUGCGAUGAUACAACCAUUCAAUCUGAAGUGUUGUAGAAAUAUUACUUCUAUUAUUUGUAAAAUUAGUUUGAUGUGUUCAUUUGUACAAAGUUUGAAAUUCUAUUUAUAUUGUUCUUUAAUGUUUUAGCUCUCAUACAAUCAUUAUCAUCAUCCUUCGUCCUUGGACGGAAGAGUUGACGCAUUUUUGAUGAAAUGGUGCCAGGUUGUUUUAUCCCUCAUUAGUUGUUGGGUCUUGUUUUGAUUGAGAUUUGCUCAUACAAACAACUUAAAUAAUUACAUUUAUAAGGAACUAUAAAACAAGUAUUUGUGAUUGAAACAAAUUUUCUUAAGUACCACAACAAUUGCAUAAACCUAAAACAUUAUCACUGUUCUUAUUUUUUAGGUGUUCGGCCAACAGCCGAACAACUAUUGUUAUUGUUCUGUUUUUUUGUUUUUGUUUUUUUUU